UCUUCCUCAGAAAAAAGAGGAGGAUUGGCAGAUGUUAGCUCAGGGCUAAUCUUCUUCGGAAAAAAAAAAAAUUGAACAGAUACAGGACUUGCUAGUAGUGUCUAUCUAUCCAGUAACAGACCACAUGGAUGGUAUCACUUUAUAUCAGGUGCUAAGCAGCCUUUAGUCCUGAAUUUUCCGUUGAUGCUCUCAUGAGUUUUGUGACACUUCAUCUCAUUUAUCCCACCCCGUGGGGACAUGACCUCAUAUUUCCAUUUUUAAAAAAAUAGCUAAAUAAAUCCUCUUAAGGCCCCAUUCCUGUUAUAGGACACAGAGGUCAACAGGAAUGCCCUGUGUACUGAUACACACUCAGGUCCGAGGACCAAGAGUGCCGAGCGCAUCAGGGAUGUCUCAUCCCAAACAAUCUACUAGAAAGCGCAUCUCCAGAAUCUUUCCUGAAGAUUUUUUCUUUCCAAACCAAAGUCAUCUACCUGGAAAGAACUAAAGUAAAAUGUGAUCCACUGGCCUCUCUCAAGGCCUUCAUAUAUACAGCCUGUUGCGUUCUUUAUAGUCCAACAACAGUAGAUAAAUGUAUUAGAAUGUUCCCAGGCAGUACUUCUAUUACUACUUUUAAUCAAUUUACAUAAAAAUUCUGUCUUGUUCAAUAUAUCUAGAAAAUGGCCAUAAUUUUAAGAUAUGCAAGUGUAUUUCUGUAUUUCUACCAUGGGAGAAUCCAUCAUCUCCUGAAGUAUAUUUCUACUAUGGGAGAUUAAGCUUCAUAAGUGAUACCUCCACAGGUUUACGUAAAAUGUCAAGCUUUUGAGAGAGUAUGGGAGUUCUAGCAGAAGUUCACUCCCAUUCACAUCAUAUGCUCCUUUUCUAUGUAAACAUUUACUCUGGAGUUUUUCUUAACUUUGAAGUAGCAGUUAAUAUAAGUUCAGUUUCAUUCUGAUCAUGGGUUUCUGUCCUUGAAAAAUAUUUCUCAGAACUUAUUCAUUUAGAAAUAUGUUCAUGUAUAAUGGUGUAAAAAUAUUUUGUGCCAUAUGUUAUAAUCGCCUUGCAAACAUAAGUGAGAAAAUUAUGAAAGUUCAAAAGAUUUUCUGCAGGAAGAGAGAACGCUAAACAAAUUCAGGAAAUAAAAAAAGCUCAAUUAUUGGUUUUCAUCCUACAUUAACAUGAUUUCAGAGUCAUUUAUGCUACUAAAUCAAUAUCUUGAAACCUAAUUUAAAAGAGGUAGUCUAUUAAGUUAAAUCUCUUAAGAUUUUGCUAUCUGUCCUUGUAAUCUCUAUGACAGCUUUAUCUUGUCAUUUGACAUCCAAGACCCCUUCCAAAUACUAGUAGAGUUUCGUUUUUCGGAUAACUUUGUAAUUAACAUGCUAACGAUUUUAUGUAUUUAGAUUCAGCAAAAUAUCUUCAGAUCUAGACCACAGCAUAAAAUAUUUUUUAUAUUCACUGCCAUGCCUUUCCUGCAUUUCUCUGUCUCUGUGUUUUGAUGCGUCAUUAUUAUUUUCUUGGUUUAUUUUAUUUUUAACUUCAUAAACCCUGCUCGUUUCUAAGUUGGCUUCCAGUGAACCAGCCCCUCCUCCCAUGCACAAAGCUUCACCUGGCCCACGUAAAGGAGGUCUCCAGGGACUCGCACAGGGGGCGCUGUCCCUGACAGCCAAGUGUCCGCCAGCAAACCCUUUGGCCCUGACACCACCUCCUUUUCUGGACAGCUUCUUGGAUGAAUUAGAGAAACUAAGUACUUUAACCUUAUCUGGUGACCAAGACAAAUCAAAUAUCCUAGAGGAGAUCACCCUUGAAAUUCAGGAGGAGCCCUCAGUUCUCUUUCCGUUGCCUCCAGCAUCUCUACCUGCCACAUCACCACCCUCUCUGCUCCCUUUCACCGGCUCUGGUGUCAGCUCAGCCACAGCCCAGCUCUCUGAGGCAGUGCCACUUCAGGAUCCCAGAAUGACACCUCAAAACAAGUUUGCAGAUCUGACAAAAAUGAGAAGGGGCUUUUCGGGCCCUGACAAAGUACCUAAAGUCCUAGGCGAUAAGUUCGUGGCCUCUGCACACACCAGUGUGGGUCCCUUGCCCCAAACCCUCCCUGUCAUUGGAGAGGAAGAUGAGGAAAUUGGUGAGGGGGUCAUGUCAGGCAUUCGAAGAAGGCCAGAAUCUCAAGAAGCAGAUGCCUUGUGGUGUGGCCAUGUUGGCACAGAGACGACACCAAGCCUGCACAUUGAAGAGGAGGAAGAGGAGAGAAAAACUGACUACUUAAAAUAUCCAGUAGCCAGCCCCACAGAUCCUAGGACCCCUAAGGAAGACAGCAAUGCAGCAAAAACCAGUAAUGAGACACCUUCGUUCUCUCCGGGCGACCGAGCAUCUACACCUUUUCCCAGCUGUCUUCUUUCCUCCCCUCCCUUUCAUUCUCCCUUGGCCUCUGACUCUGAGCUGGUCUCUACAGUCUCUCAGCCUCCCCAGCCCUGCUCACCUCCUCUCCUCCCUAAAUACUCUUAUCAACAGGAGAUAAAUUCACCAAAAUUAAAGGCUGAUUUAAAAAGCAAGAUAUUUGUCUUGGGUAAGCCUCCACGUAGCCCAGUGAUGUCUAGGAGAUCCUGCGGCUCGCCUGUCAGAGGGCUCAGCGGUUCCCACAGGGUAGGGUCAAAACACCCCGCCUUGAGCCGGACACCCUGGCCACCGCCCACACUCCCAGGGGGCUGGCUCUCCCUUAGUUGUCAUUGCUGUGCUUUGCCAGUAAAGUAGGGCUUAUAGAGGCACCCUCAAGAUAAAGUGACCGACUGAUGACAAGCUAUGAAGUCAGAUCAACACGAAAAUCCUAUGCUAAGUCUUUGGGCAAUGUGCUUCCCCUUUAUGUGGGUGUGUAAGCUUUCCAAAAUGCAAAAAGACAUGAGUCAGCUCUCCACCCUACAAAUAAGGAUGUAGUGUAUGUUGUCUUCGACAUCUGUCUCCUGCCUCUAUGCAAUGUUCUCUGCAAAUCACUGCUUUCCAGUUACUAUUUUUAGUGCAAAGAACAAAGCUGUUGCCAAUCAUAUACUGAGCUCACACCCUUCCAGUCAUGCUUGCAUUUGUGUCAUUCAGUUUAUUUGGAUUUUUUUUAAACCCAUGAUCCUUGUUGCAAAAUAUCUUGUUGCUCUGGUGAUACAUGCUACAUUCGCUCUACGACCAUUUUCAAUCCAACCCUGCUGCUCAGAACUCUGGGGACUCCCAAUCUCUUGACAGCUUUGACUGAACUUAAAAGUCAGAUUACUUUUCCUUUAGCUACUGAGCUCUUUGGCAUCUACAGCACUUUAAAAUGAACAGAUUCUAAAUGGUACCAUCAGUUCUGAGGACGGCAGCCAAAGCGUGUGGGAAUUUUCAUCUCUGCAUACGCUGGGAUUCCUUUCACCAUUUCUAUUUUCAUGGACCCUAGUUCAACCUUAUCUGGUCUAUCACAUAACGGGUUCUGCAAGUUUUUAAGGGCUUCAUUGCAAAGAUUUCCUUUCCACUUAUAGAUACUUCUCUGUGUUGAUGCCGUUUUUGUGCUUUUUGCUUUGCAUAAUAAGACUUCGUUUUGUUUUUGAGGCACAGAUUUGUGUUGCCAUAGAGAAAGAGGAAUGUUGAUUUGAAGAGUCUUAGACUCCACUGAAAGACCUUCCAGAGCCAAAAUAAAAAGAAAGUUUUUUCCUCAAUUAAUGUGGCCCAUCCAUAAAUUUCCCAUGGGUCGAUGAGGUGGUAUGUUCUGGGUCACCUUAAGUUUUUUGUCUUUGCCAGAUUUUUACAUUAUGUGUUUGUAUGUUACAUGUGUUUGUGUGGAACAUAAACAUUCCUCGUUCUUUAGAUUUAUGCAAAAUUGUGUUUCACCUUCAUAAUUGAAGAAGGAAAAAUAAGCCUAUAUAUAUAGACAUGUUGUUAAGAGAAUUUCAUCUAAUUCUGGUUGGCAAGUACUACAGCUAAAAUUUUCUGGGAAAAAAAUUGACUUAAGAACUCUAGAACUGCUUAUAAUUCUUUUAAAGAUUUUUCCACAUUAGUAUUUAAAAUAAUAGUCAAUCCUUGAGAAUUACCUAAUAUUAGACAUAGCUAAUCCUCCGGAGAUGCCUCUGCAGAAGCACAGAUAAAUAGAUGGGUUUUGGAUACUGUAUCUCACCAUCUGAGAUAGGGAAGUAUAUAUUUUACUGAUACCAGAGAUUCUAGGAUAUUUCAAACCAGUUUCCUUUAUGAUCAGUGGUUUGAGAUUUGGUCUGGCUUUAAAAAUUAGCAUCUCUUUAACACCUGUCUCAUUUGUAUCCAUUUUUUGCAACAUUAAAAAAUAACUACACUAAACGAGAAAAAAAAAUGCUUGUUACAUGGCCAAGGAAAAGGUUAAAUAUUUAAGAUUUCAUGAAAAUACCACGAUGCUUCAUUGGAUUUUCUCAUUUUUAUUGUACUCUUAAGACUCAUCAAGGCAAUACAAGCAUGAUCUAAUUCUCGCUCAAAAUUUCCAGCGCGGUGUCUGGCAUCUGUUAACCUGAAAACCAUCUUCUUAAGUUCAGAGUUCAUGUGAGCCUCUCUGAAUGUCACAAAUGUAUAUUGUUCUAUAUUUAUUGCAAAACUGCUAAGAAGUUAUGAGUAAUAGAAAUGCCUGAGCAGAUAGUUAAAAUAGAAAUGAACACAGACCAAAAAUACUGGCGGCUAAAGAGUGAUCCUUUCUCAAGAAUAAAAAACGUGGGAAGGGAAAAACAUGG